GAAAUACAUAUUGGAGUGGACGCCCUGCAGUUAGCAGGGCUCAUUUCAUUCCAAAAUGGUGGAAACAUUACCACACCAUACUCCUCCUCCUCCUAACCAUCACCAAGUCUUGGUUCUAAAAUCUGCAAUAUGUUCGAGACUCCUCCUCGUAACCCUAAUCAUCCUCUUCCGAACCCUCGUUUCCCCCUACGACACAUCCGCAUCCUUAAACCCUCCAUGCCUCUCCACCCCCAACCCCAACUCCACCACCCACCCUUCCCCCCUCGAAAACGGCGUCGUUUGGGACUCCGUCUACUUCCUCCGCAUCGCCCAAUGCGGCUACGAGUACGAACAAACCUUCGCCUUCUUACCCCUCCUUCCUCUCUCUCUCUCCCUCUCUUCUCACACCCUCUUCGCCUUUCUCUCUCCCUUUCUAAACCAAAGGCCCCUCCUCGCUCUCUCCGCUUACGUCAUCAACAACAUGGCUUUCGUUCUCGCCGCUCUCUACUUCUACAAGCUCUCCCUCACCGUCUUGAAGGACCCCCAAAUAGCGCUUCGGGCCACCGUUUUCUUCUGCUUUAAUCCUGCCUCUAUAUUUUAUUCAUCCAUAUACUCGGAGAGUUUGUACGCGCUUCUGUGUUUCGGAGGAAUGUACCACUUCAUGUCUGGUGGGAACAAUUUGGCUGUUCUUUUCUUUGCGCUCUCCGGUUGUGCUAGGUCUAAUGGGGUGCUGAAUGCUGGCUAUCUCUGCUUUCAGACUAUGCAUCGCGCUUAUCAUGCUAUGUUUCAAGAAAAGCGUGUUACUUUGGCUUUGCAGAUUGUUAUUGCUGGAGCUUUACGUACUGCAUGUAUUUUUGCUCCAUUUGUAGCUUUCCAGGCUUAUGGCUACUACAAUAUGUGUGUUGGACGUUCUCCUGAUGAAAUAAGGCCAUGGUGCAAGGCAAGAAUACCAUUACUUUACAAUUACAUCCAAAGUCAUUAUUGGGGUGUAGGUUUCUUGAGAUAUUUUCAGCUGAAACAGUUGCCUAACUUUCUUCUUGCUUCCCCAAUACUGUCUCUGGCACUUUGCUCAGUUGUCCAUUAUGCUAAGUCAAGGCCUCAAAACUUUCUCUCACUGGGUUUUUUAGCUCCUAUGGAAGAAAAGAGCUGUGGAGUUGUGUUUUUAUUAGAUGAACUCUCAAGGUCCAAAGAAGCCCGAAGUGUGAAGAAAUCCUCUGUUAGGGUAGAAGCAGAACAUUCCAAUCUUAGGAGAAGAAAGAAUGUGAGCAAGGGAGAUGCUGCUAAUGUUCACCUAGAAUCUGAGCCAGCAGCAAUUUGGCCAGGAUACUUGUCUGCUUCUGUUCUUCCAUUUGUGUUACACUUGGGAUUCAUGGCAUGCACUGCUUUCUUCAUCAUGCAUGUACAGGUUUCAACUCGUUUCUUGUCUGCCAGCCCUCCACUUUAUUGGUUUGCUUCAUAUAUAAUGGCAUAUCCUGGAAAAUACUCUAGAUGGGGAUACGUGAUGUGGGCAUACUCUAUAGCAUAUAUUUUUCUUGGCAGUUUGCUGUUUUCAAACUUCUAUCCUUUUACUUAACGAGAAGAAAGGUAGAUGGUUCUUGAAAGCUGUUGGUCUUCUUAUUCCAUGCAAUGCACAAAGGCAUAACUAUCCACCCUGAAGCGUUGCUGCUGAAUUUCAGAUUUCUGCUGGUUGCUGUUUGAUCUUUACACGCCUGAGUAGUGGAGAAAAUGCCCCCUUCCCUCCCUCAAAUUAGCAAUUUUUUUUUACGUUGGUCAACCGGGAUUCUUAUCAUCUAGAUGAGUAAACUAAUAGAAAUCCUUUUCCUUUGUUGUAAUUUUCAUUUUUGUCUAUUAUUUUUCUUUCUGUUCGAUGGCUUUAGUUGAAGUUCAAGACCACUUUGUUUCCAAUGAGUGCCAAAGUGAAUCGGACUCUAGGAAAAGACAAAUAAUCCCCCUAGAGUACCUUUUCCAUAUUUGAAUUUAUCUAGUUUCAAAUUAUCAUCUAUCUCUAUAGA